AUGGUAAUGGGCUUGGACAGAUAUUUCGAGUUCAUUCGUCAGUUUGAACAAAUAUCACAAGCACAUGUUCACGGUGAUGUACUCGAACAAUUGAAGGAUCAAUUCAAGAAUCAAAUUAACUCGAGGCGUAUGUUGGAGACAAUUAUCGACAUCAGGAUUUUAUUAAAAGUUUUAGAAAAACGUGGUGUGUUACAAUAUAAUGAUAUACGAGUAAUAAAACACGUUGCAAAAGAGUUUAUAAGGGAUACAUCGGUUGAAGAGUUAAUUUUGAACUAUGAAUUGUGGUUGGAAGAAAAUUAUUCUCAAAUAAACAAUUUAUACAACCUUGCUAUUGUACCAAAGACUGAUACAAUUAAACCAACGUCAGUAACGCCGCCUAUUUUGGGUGAUAGUAAAAUGCCAUUCUAUACAUCUAAUAUCGAUGUGGGAAUUUCUAUGGACCAUAGAAUUACUGUGAAACAGACCCAAAAUCAUACACCCACAUUACCGUCCAACGUUGAUCAAGAAAAAGAACUAAAAGAUUUAAUUUCCAAUGGAGUAGGCAAAAAAAUUGGUAUAUUUUGGAAGGAUGUAAGUAGGAGAUUAAAAAUUGAAGAAUCCAUCAUUGUAGAAAUAGAAGCAAAAUAUUGCACACAGGAGCACAGAGAUGAAAAAUCGUUCAAAAAGGUACUUGAGUUAUACUUUUCGAAAAAUCAUCACAAUUGGAAAAUAGAAUUGAUGCAUGCAUUGGAAAGAUCUAGAAGAACAGAUUUAAAAAAUCAUGUCGAACACGUAAUUCUUGAAUAUUAUCGUUCGCCUUGGUUAGAGUCUUCAGUGGUUGACUAG